UGAUAAAACUUCAUGAUAUAAAUUAAGUGACCAAGUUCAAUAGUUUCUCCACUGAGCUAUGGAUUCUCCAAGAAAUUUGCAGGGAGAUCUUGAGUCUCUGAGGUUGUACUUCAGGUGUGGAAGGACUAAGGAAGCCUCUUGGAGAAAAACACAGAUCAAAGGUUUGCUUAACUUUAUAAAGGAAAAUGAAGGAGAUAUAAUGAAGGCUCUUAAACAAGACUUGGGAAAGCACCGGGCUGAGGCUUAUCGAGAUGAGAUUGGAACCUUGAUAAAGUCUCUUAAUUACGCUUUGAACUCUUUGAAAGCAUGGAUGUCGCCAAAAAAGGUUAAGCUGCCGGCAGUUGCAGUACUGACCACUGCAGAAUUGCUUCCUGAGCCUCUUGGUCUGGUCCUCAUAGUCUCUGCAUGGAAUUUUCCAUUUGGAUUGUCCUUGGAGCCCCUCAUAGGAGCCUUAGCAGCUGGAAACACAGCUGUGCUGAAGCCUUCAGAGUUGGCUCCGGCCUGUUCUUCUCUUUUAGCAAACACCAUGACCUCUUACCUAGACGGUAACGCUGUCAAGGUCGUCGAAGGCGGUCCAUCCGUCGGCGAACAACUCCUACAGGAAAGAUGGGACAAGAUAUUCUUCACUGGCAAUGCUCGAGUUGGGCGGAUUGUCAUGUCUGCAGCAGUGAAGUAUCUGACACCGGUUGCUUUGGAGCUUGGUGGAAAAUGCCCUGCUGUUCUUGACUCCCUUUCAUUUUCUUUUGAUAGAGAGGUGGCUGUAAAAAGAAUUCUGGUGGGAAAAUUUGGGACCUGUGCUGGUCAAGCAUGCAUAACAAUUGAUUAUGUUCUAGUGGAGAAAAAGUUCCUGCCCAAAGCAGUGGAGCUAAUGAAGGCUAUCACAACGAAAAUGUUCGGAGAAAAUCCCAGAGAGACCAACACCGUUGCGAGAAUAGUUAACAGGCGACAUUUCUUAAGACUCAAGAAUCUCUUGGACGAUCCCACAGUUAAAGCUUCUAUUGUUUAUGGGGGAAAAACGGAUGAAGAAAACUUGUUCAUUGAGCCAACCAUCUUGGUGGACCCCCCACUUGAAGCAGAAAUCAUGACGGAAGAAAUAUUUGGUCCAUUGCUUCCAAUUAUCACUUUGGAGAACAUUGAAGACAGCAUAGAGUUCAUAAAGGCAAGGCCUAGGCCACUCACCAUUUAUGCCUUCACCAAAAGCAAAACGCUUGAGAGAAAAUUGGUAUCAGAAACAUCAUCUGGGAGUCUAGUUUUCAAUGAUGCAAUAAUCCAAUAUGCUGCAGACACAAUCCCAUUCGGAGGGGUCGGCGAGAGCGGGAUCGGAAGGUACCACGGGAAGUUCUCCUUUGACACGUUCAGCCACGAGAAGGCAGUGGCAAGAAGGAGCUUUCUUGUUGAUUUUUGGUUUAGAUUUCCUCCAUGGAAUGACUACAAGCUUCAACUCUUUCGUGAGGCUUACAACUUUGAUUACCUCGGAGUAAUCUUUGUGGUCCUUGGCUUGAAGAAGCCAAAAUCGGAUUCACAUGUCGUUUGACAAAUGUAUGUUAUGACCAGAUGUGUACAAUAUCACUUUUUUCAUUUCAGUUAAAUUGGUUUGGCCUUUCUUGGGCGUUGAAGUGAAAAAGAAAUACCAAUUGUUAUGUAUUUGUAUGUAUGGCUUUCAUUUGAAACCUUUGAUUAAGCAGUAGCCCUUAAUGUGAGGCAAAAGUUCAUAGAAUUGUAAUGCAAUACUAAAGGCUAAAUUGUAAGUGGAUUGCAACGAUAUCAUGCUAAAGGCUUAUUUGCAAUAUAAUACUAAAGUUCAUAGAUUUGUAAUA